AGAUAAAUACAUUUGGGCCUGAGCUCGUGGAGUUUACUGGAGUCAUCCCGCGGAUACUUUUCCCUUGGCACAAUGUUUCCUCUGAAAGAGAUUACACACCACUCUUGCUCUGGCUACCGGGAUUGUCCUGCUCACACUAUCCUUUACAGCAUCUUGAGCGGGAGCGAGAGCCGCUACCUCAAUGACAAGCUGAACCGCAACGCCGCGGCACACAACUGCCACUGUGAGCAGAGGCGGACGGUUUGCCUGAAGGACCCGAAGGCCACCUGCCAAGCGGCCUCCGGCGUGCUGGUCAACACGGUCUGCUUCGUGAGAGCUUUACCGUCCUUCAGCCAGCUUCCAUUCGUAGAUCAGUCAUCUUUGUUAAGACACUGCUGGGUUUCUCUAUUUGUUCUGGGGCUCGCCCAAAGAAAGAUAGUCUUUGAGGUGACGAACACAAGUAUCCUUAGAAAGAUUCUGCUCGGACCAGGAUUCAGCGGAAACGAAGCUGACCUACCAACUCGGGCUGAAGUUCACAACUUGAGAGAUUGCUUGCACAAGCUUUGGAAUCUGGAUCUCAGUCCAGUGGAGUAUGCGUACCUAAAAGGGGCUUUGCUGUUUAACCCAGCUGUUCAGGGAUUGAGCGCCUUGUUGUUCAUUGAAGGCCUCCAACGGAAAGGUGUUAGAGCUCUUCAAGAAGUCGUCCACCGCCUGCACCCAGGGGACGGCGCUCGCUUCACUCACGUCCUUCACGCAGCCUCCGCCAUUCAGACUGUCAGCCACGGCCUGGUCACAGAGCUCUUCUUCAAGCCCGUCAUCGGCAACACAAACAUGUCCCAUUUAUUAAUAGAGAUGUUGUCUGUGCAGUGAGAUCUGGGAGUUAAGUGUUGUUGUACCACAUUUUAUCGUGAACCUUGGUUGAAAACAUCAUUCAAUAAACAUUGAAAUACU